AUGGAUAGUUACGACGACUUUCAGAGCACGCCUACUGGUAAAGUCUCAAAGGCGAAAAAGGGAAAGCCUGUUCACGUUUGUUCCGAAUGCCAAAAGGUAUACACUCGUGCUGAGCACUUAAGGUACAACUUAUCCACUUACAUUUCAGACAAAGAAAGUAUGCUCACUAGACAACAGGCGGCAUCAGUCUUCGCACCAAGAGCCCCAGUUCGAAUGCCCAAGGCCGAGUCUCGUGAUUCCAGUGUUGGAGCUCUAAGUCUCAAACAGGAAUCUCCUGGAGGCAAUGAAUACGAGCCAGUACAAGCUUCAGUCAGCGGUGAUGAUAACAAGCCGGUAUGUCUGAGCCUGGAAAAGGCUACGACCUCGCUCCAGACGGCAGAGAGCAAGGAAUAUACCGAGGGUUAA